UCGAUUUGUCUGUCAGCCUGAUAAUGACGUUUGGGUUUUGACAGGUGAUUUUGGUUGUGUGUUUAUUGAACCCUUGAAUUGGGAAAUGCGUUGAAAAUACGGGGUUUUUGUUCUAUAAUGCUAUUACAAAGAGUACUAUAAAAUAAAUAUGAGUGUUUUCGGUGAUUUUCAACAAGUGUGGUUACAAAGAUUUCCAGAGAGUCCUCUACCCGGAGCAUGGGAGGAAGAUGUCCGAGCCAAUCUUCUAAAACAUAAACAAAAAGUUUUAUUACUCAGGGAAGAAUUAGAGAAAGAGCAAUUUUAUGUAGAAUAUUUAGAAAGACUACUUAAUGAUGUUGAGCAACAUAAGAAACAGAUCGAAGGUGGAAGAAAGGCAGAUAUUCGUAAUGAUGUCAUCGAGACUGAUUUAUCUAAGGAAAAUUCCAAAGAUGACGAUGAAAAUCCGCCAGAAAUUGAUCAUGAGUCGUUGUCAGCGAAUAUGUGCAUCAACGAACUGUCCAAGACACGUCCAGUAAGCUGCAUAGAUGAGGGCAAAAAAACCGCAACAGAUGAUAGUACUUUUGUGACAGUGAUUGAAGUGAACGGUUUGAAAAACGCAGAAUUAAACCAAGAGAAAAUACCUCCCAAAAUUCCAGAGAAACCUGAUUCCCAAAUCAAGAAGACACUCCUUGAACAUUCCUCUAGUAGGAGCGAUUCUCUUGAAUCUUCCUCUGAUGUGCAUACAGGAGAUGAGCCAUUCUAUGAUAUAGUAGCAGGAGAGGAUGAAUCAAAUUUACAACAGAGUGAUACCUCAAGUACCGAAAAUGUAUUCAGUACCUCUUCAACUUUACCUUUGACUGCUAAACAUGAAUCAGUUAUUCAGGAACCACAAUCACCUGGGACAUCGAAUUAUGUCAAUAUUGAGUAUUUUAUAAAAUGUACCAAAGGAAACGAUAAUGAUCCAAGUAGUAGUGAAGAUGAAGAAGAAAUCGCUCCAUUACGUCCAAAUACUGCAGACAACGGUUCAUAUGCAAGUUCUAGUUCUUUAGAAUCAUCGACGCCAUCGACACGAAGAAAAUUCAGCCAGGAAGGGGAUGUUAAAGUUGAAGCUGAAAGAAUGACUAUGUAUCGUUGUAUUUUAUUGAAUAUAAUUGAUAGUGAAACUAAUUACGUAGAAUGGCUGGGCAUAGCUAUCAAGUACAUGAAAGCAAUCCAAUCAACUCUGGGAACAUCUCAACCUAUAGUUACCGAAACUGAACUGAGAACAAUAUUUUAUAAAAUCCCUGAGCUUUAUGCCUUACAUGUUAACUUUUUGGAAGCUUUACAAAGACAUACACAAAAAUGGGAUAGUAAGAUUGGAGAGAGCUUCAAGACUAUGGCUAAUAAUUUAACUGUUUAUGGGGCAUUUUUGAGCAAUUAUGGACGUGCAAUAGACACUGUAAGAAAAUGCAGUGCCAGCAAUUCUCAAUUUAAUGAAAUUACAAAGAACAUAACUUGUAAACAGUUGUCUGGUCAGCCGGUGUCUCUGGAAGACUUAUUGCAUAAACCUGUAGCUCGGGUGCAAAAGAAUGCACUCGUUUUACAUGAUAUGUUGAAAUAUGUUCACCAGAAACAUCCAGAUUAUAAAACUCUGACUGAUGCUUUGCAAAUAACCCAGAGGUUUUUGGAUCAGUUCAAUAUGAUACAAACCAAAUCAAUGUUCCCUUCGGCUGAUAGAGCUCAAAGAAGGCUAGUCAAAAACUCAUUUAUAGUUGAAUUUGCUGAUAAUCAUAGGAAAUUACGGCAUUUGUUUUUAUUCAAUGAUGUUAUAGCUUGUGCUAAAUACAAGUCAUCUGGACGGACUGAGAAGUAUACCUUCGAAUUAAAAUGGUUCAUUCCUGUAGAAGAGAUUAUGAUUUUAGAAGAAUCUACUGCUAACCUCCAUGAAGUACCUGCUUCAAAUAUUGUAUCUUUGAAGUCUCAAGCUUCAAAUGUAAGGGAUCAGUUAAGGCAGGAGGAGAAAUCGACUGAAGACAGAAGGAUUCGAUUAGGCAGAGGUUCUGAAAAGUUCAGAAAGCGGCUAGUGGAGCUAGAAAGUCAAUUAGUAUUAGUAUCGCCCAACUUGGUGUUCAGGAUAAAGCACAGACAAAAUGGCAGGACCUAUCUUUUCUUUUUAUCUUCUGACUUCGAAAGGACGCAGUGGAUCGAAGCUAUUCUGACCUUGCAGAGAACCGGCAUUCCACCAUCACCAACAACUAACAACGCCAGUAUGUUCGAGCUACAGACAUGGAUCACUGCAUGUAGAACAUUUUUGAAGACCAAUAUGGGAUCAUACCUUUUGAGGAGUGGUCAAGAUGAGAGUCUCUUGGUGGGGGAUUUGCACGUUUUUAUUUAUGACCUUAACGGUUUGGAAUAUACCAGCGAUUUAUACAUCUUGAUCGAGGUAGAUUUUUAUGGCCACUUUUUCCAAAAAGCAAAAACGAAGUUGAUAUACAACACAAGCUCACCAGUUUGGAAUGAGAAUUUCAUAAUCGAUCUUGAAGGCUGCGAGAAUUUACGUAUAUUGGUUUAUCGUGAAAACAGUCCUACAGAUACUUUGUUUGGAAAGCACACUCAAAAAUUGAGCAGACAGUGGCUUUUGGCCCAAGGUCACGAUUUAAUUGAAAAAAAAUUGCUUAUAAAUGGAUGUACUUUGAGGAUUGGAUUGAAAUUCAUUCCAUGCGAAGUUAGUCUCAGAAGAGUACCUGCAGGAAAGGUUGGGAAUUUGUUUGGAGAAAAAAUCCUACAAAUAUGCAAGAGACAGAAACGAGACAUACCUUUCAUCGUAACCGCUUGCAUCAGAGAGGUAGAAAGAAGAGGAAUGAUGGAAGUAGGUGUCUAUCGAGUGUCUGGGUCAGCUUCGGAUUUGGCAAAAUUGAAAAAAUCGUUUGAAACCAAUUCGUACGAAGCGGAACAACUCUUGAAAGAGGUGGACAUACAUUCUGUUACUGGGGUGCUUAAAUUGUUUUUGAGAGAGUUACCAGAAGCCCUAUUCACUGAUCAGUUGUAUCCCACUCUUUUAGAAUCAUUCAAUCAGAGUAAUGGAAAUCUCAUGAAAAGGACAGAAUUAUUGAAUGAGUGCUUUGAAAAACUACCCCAACAAAAUAAAGCCACCAUCACCUGUAUUUUGGAACAUUUGAUAAGAGUGCAUAAACAUGAAAAUGAGAAUAAAAUGUCCCUUCAUAAUUUGGCUACUGUAUUUGGACCUACUUUGUUGCGACCUAGCAUCAAAGGCGAUGCUUCCAAACAUAAAGAUAUGCCUGCUGCUACGGUCGAUGUAAUGGCCCAAGCGGGCAUUCUCUAUUGUUACCUUCAGGGAAUGAAUAAUAUGAUGAACAAAUGCUGACUGAAACCAUUAUCUCUUAGUCUUUUAACUAAUAAUGUAUUAUGAAUCUUUGCUUGUGAAGUUAACACAUUAAGCACUGAGCUGAGUAUAUUUGAAAAAGAGAUUAUGCAGAAAUUGCAAUUUACAUCAAGGGUAAACUGUGUACAUAGGAGAAAAUGUCACCAUGAAAGCAGUACAAACUUCUAUCGUCUCUUAUUCAUGAUCGUGAAUAUAUUGCACUACGUAAAAAUUUCAUCAUAACAUUUUUGUCCAUUUAUGUCUGAGCUACCUGCUUAUAGCCAAUAUUUCAAAGUCAAUUAAUCUACCUGAAAAAAACUUGAUGUUGAAAAGGGAAGGGAGUAAAACAAUUGAAUCUGUUUGAUAUUAAUAGAGAAUUGAUAAGAAUUUUGAAUACUUAGUUUUCAUAAAACUGCACAUUAUUAUAUAUAUAAUCUUUCAUUGAUUUUAGAAGUUCAGAUUGAUGAUAUGAUUGAUAUUUUAUCAAAUCUUAGAUUUUUACACUUUUCUCUUGUGAAAAAAGAUUAAUGAAAUAAAUGACUGAUAAUAAGAAUGAUUGACUGGUAGUACUUCGUAAAUUUUUUUCAGAGUACAAGUACUAAUAAGGCAAAAAAGUUAUUAACAAGUGUUGUUUGAAAUGUUUGAAUUUCUAGUCCAUAUGAAAUAAACUUGCUGAGCAUUUUACACUAGUUGAUAGUGAGUAAAAUUAUAAAAUUCUUUAAUUUUGAAGGUGCUUAAUGUGUUGAUACAGUAUUUCCAUGCGCUUUUCCCCCGUGUGUGAUUGUUUCUUAUAGUGCUUCAUGUUGUCUCACUAAUGAAGUACAUAUACUUAAUGAUUCCAAUGAGAGAAUAAGAGUCCUUACAACUUAAGCAUUCUUCCAGAUAUUACCCAUUUUAGAUAAGUGAUUUCUCCCUAUAAAUUAUUUACAAUUAUAUUGUUAUUUUAAUUCAGAUGUAAUUGGUUGGAAGUUUGAGUUGAGUAAGAGGAUGGUAAAAUAUAAUAGUCAGAAUGAAUUAUUCUUUCAGCUUAUUUUGUUGAGUAUUCUCUUAAGUAUUCUUUUCAAGCUGUAAGUUUUUACAUUACCAAAUUUUUUAUAAGUAGGUAUUUUUGUAUGUAUGUAUUUGUACUUGAAUAUUAUGUAGUUAAAUUAUUUUAUAACAACUUUAAUGUGAAUUUGUAUAUAUUUAUAUAUGAUUAUAAUACAAUUUCGAAGUAUAA